CCAGUAGAUCUUUCAAAAAUGCCGCCGCAGACGAAGGACGAAGAAAUUUGCCAAAGGGAAGUACAAAUACCGGACUGGGUAAAGCCGGAAGCAUUUCAGGAUCUGCUUAAAAAUGAGGUCAAGGAUUACAAGGAAACGAAAGCUUUAAGGACCACGGCAGGAGUCGCUGCUGGCGAGAACUAUGCCACCAUAAUGCUUAGGGUAGAACUGGAUGUGGAGACCAAAGAUAAAUCAAAAAUUACCAAGGCAUUUAUGCUAAAAACACCCCACCAUACUGAGGCCUAUCGCAGACUUCUCGAAAAGUCGGAUAUUUUCGAUGUGGAACGUGGAAUGUAUCUGGAAGUGGUCCCCGAAUUGGAGCAACUGUAUCGCGAUGUGGGUCUUGAGAUUAAAUUUGGAGCUAAAGCCUACGAAAUAGAAGCCAGCGAUUACUAUGUCCUGCUGGAAGACCUCAAGCCUCGAGGAUUCAGAAACUGUGAUCGCCUCCAAGGUUUGGACCAGGCUCACACUGAAAAUGUCCUGAAGAAAUUCGCCCAAUGGCAUGCGGCCUCUGCAGUUCGCGUGGACCUCAAAGGACCCUACAACGAGAAGUAUACACAGGGUAUUUUCAGUUCGGAGGAAAUUACUGAUGCUUUCUGUCGGAGUGGUGAGAACUUAUUAAAACAUAUCGAUCAGUUUGAAGGACACGAGGCUUACGUAAAGGAUUUGCACAGUGUCUCAGAAAAGUUAAUUGAUGUGGUAAACGAUCUGAAGGAACCAAAAUCCGACGAGUUCAACGCCCUGAACCACGGCGAUGGUUGGUCUAACAACAUUAUGUUCCAGUACAAUGACAAGAACGAAAUUCUAAGUACUUAUUUCGUUGAUCUGCAACUGCCCAAAUGGGGAUCAGUAGCGCAGGAUUUGUACUACUUUCUGAUUUCGUCAACUAGCCUGGACAUUAAAACGCUGAAAUUCGAUUACUUUAUUUGGUUUUACCACUCAGAAUUGGUUAAGCAUCUAAAAAUUCUGAAUUACUCAAAGACAUUUCCCACUUUGAAGAGUAUUCGCGACGCCCUUAACAAAUACAGUGGGUGGGCCUUCAUCUGCUCUGCAUGCGUAAUGGGAGUUGUCCUGCUGGAUCCCACCGAUGAUGGUGAUCUCGAUAAAAUCUUAUCGAAGGAAGACUCCAGCUUUAAAAAUUCCAUUUACACUAACCCCAGAUUCCGCAGACAUAUGGAAGUCCUAUUGCCGUGGCUGCAGCAUCGAGGGGCCCUAGAGUAG